AUGACUGACUUUCUCGCCACAAACCCUCUUACCCUCUCAGCUGCUGAAUCUCCAAGAUUCCCCUGCCUCAAUUCACGCCAAACUCCUCCACCAAGAAUCCAACUUAACCCAAAUUCCCGCGUCACCUUCUCUUCUAAACCAUCCAAAACCAGUUGCAAUAACAAGAGUGUCUCUUGGGCAAUCAGCUCCCGCUCCAAUGAAGACCCAUCAAAGGGCUAUAGCUUUUACAACGAACUUGAAUUUGAGGAUAUAAAGGAAAAGACUUUUGGAUUGGAGAAAAACCCCGUUGGUGAAGAUUUCCCCACUAAAACUGGGUCUGUGCCGUUUGAUGGAGUGGAAGGUGGUGAUGGUAAAGGAGAGGGUGAUUUGGUUCGGGUUCAAGGGGAUGCAGAUGGGGAUGGUUUGAAGGAAGAUGAUUAUGAUGAUGAUCAAGGUGAGAAUGAGAAAUUUGGAGGUAAACUCAAAGUCAGAAGAGGUAAGCAGGUAAUUAGAAGGUCGAAUUUGUUGGCCAAGCAGGUGAUCAGCAUUCGCUCUGCCCUUAGCAUGGGGUUUGUCUCGCAGCUUUGGGUGGACACCACCUCUUGGGUGGUGUUGUUUGUGGAGGUGAGGCCAAACUUGCUUUCUGGAGAUUCAGAAAAAUUCCUUCUGGAGGAUAUUAGCCAGGUUGGAGAUGUCAUCCUUGUCCAAGAUGAAAGUGUUAUAGAUAGUGAAUUUAAAAUGAUUGGAUUGGAGACACUGGUUGGAUACAAAGUUGUAACACCCUCUGGACGGAAUAUUGGGAAGGUGCGUGGGUAUACUUUCUGCAUCAAUUCAGGUGCUGUUGAAGAACUUGAACUUGAUUCAUUUGGACUAUCAAUUAUUCCAUCAAGUUUGGUGAGUACCUACUCCUUGCUGGCUGAGGACGUACUGGAAGUAGUAUCUGAUGCAGUUGUUGUGCAUGAAGCUGCAGCUUUACGCAUUCAAAGGCUUUCUAAGGGUUUUUUGGGCAAUCAGAAUGUAAGAACUUCAGUGGAUGAUGUUGAAGAUUAUGACUCUGAACAAUCUGAGACAUACGGUCAUAUUUCAAGGAGAAGAAAAAAAUUCGGAAGAAAGAAACCCAAUCAAAAAGAUUGGGUUGAUGAAGAUAAUUGGGAGCUUCCAAUGGACUAUCUCUGA